AUGAGUAGUGAAGAAGCAUCCACCUUAUCGUCAAACCCAUCCAGUAAAAAUAUAAGUGAAGAAAGUAAUGAAGAUAUAAGUGAGAAUGAAACCGAAGAAUCAUCAACAAGAGAAGAAAGUGAUGGAGAAUUAAGUAUUUCAUCAGGAGAAGGAAAUGAAGAGAAUCCAAAUGAAUCAUCCAUUACAAUAACAGAAGGGAAAAAUAUUGAUUAUUUAGAGUUAUAUAAUAAAAAAAGUCAAGAAUGUUAUGCACUUUAUCAAAGAAAUGAAAUAUUAAAAAAUAAAAUUAAUGUACUUGAAAAGAAGAUAAUAGACCAACAAGAAAAUAUUGAAAAAUUAAUCAAUAUUAAUGAACAAAUUAUGAGAGAUAAAGAACUUAUUUAUGGAGUAUUACAAAAAAUUAAUCAAGAAAAAACACAAGUUGAAAAUGAAUUAAAUUAUAUUAAAUCAACAACAUUUAGUCCUGUUGAUACAAAUAUUAGUUAUACUUGUCCACCAAAAGAUGUUAAAGUAGUUAAUCUUUCAUUUGAUAAAUAUAUAUUUAUUAAAUACUCAACAUCAAAACCAUUAGGAAUAAUAUGUUUAUUUAAUGAACAAAAACAAGCACGUGUUGUAAGUUCAUUUACUUGUAAAACAGAAGAAUUAUCAUUAGAAGAAUAUUUUUAUUAUCAACCUGAAGGAAAAGGAAAUGGAUUAAAAGUUAAAGAUGGAGAUCAAGUUUUAUCAAUGACAUCACAAUCAAAUCAAUUAAUUACUGUAACUCCAUUAUUACCAUUAUUUGAUAGAUUUCAUAAAGUUUCACAAACUAGUCCAAUUCUUAUAGGAAAAAGAGAAUAUUAUAUGACUGUUCUUGAUCUUACUACCAUUAGUAAAUCAGAUCAACCUCAUGAAUUACGUGCUUUUGGAGUAAUAUUUGAAACUGAAAUUACACAAAAAAAACCUGGAAUGAUUGAUGUUUAUGAUGGAUAUUUAGAAAUGUUUAGACAAAUCAAUCGUGGUGUAAUUAUUUCUUAUGUCGCUUCAUUCAAUUAUACCCCAAGUAUUUUAAUACCAAUAACAAGGGAAGUUAUAACUAAACCAUUCCAUCCACCAAAAAAUGGAAUAAUGUAUUUUGAAUCAAAACUAUUGAAAAUAGACAAAUAUCAUAUUCCUCAUUUAUUUCCAAUCCCUUAUUUAUCAGAUGAAAGUUAUUCAAUUGCUUUCUAUUAUAAUGAAGCUCAAGACCGAUGUCAUAUUAUCGAUGUUAUUUAA